AUGAUCUCUAAAAUUCUUUAUUCACUCGUUUCUUUAGGUCUACUUAACUCUUUUGUUGCUGCCUUUGAUGCCUCUGCCAACAACAACGUUGCUGUCUACUGGGGUCAAAACUCUGGGGGUGAUCAAAGCAGAUUAAGUGACUACUGUACUUCUGACUCUGUCGAUAUUGUUUUACUUUCUUUCUUAUCGGGUUACCCAGAUACUACCAUUAAUUUUUCCAAUCAAUGUUGGACUGAAACUUGUCCUGAUAUCGGAGCUGAUAUCAAGACUUGUCAAGAUAAUGGUAAAGCGGUCUUAUUAUCAAUGGGUGGUGCUGCUGGUUCUUAUGGAUUCUCUUCUGAUUCCGAAGCCAGUGCUUACGCUACCACUUUAUGGAAUACUUUUGGUGCUGGUUCUGAUGAUUCCGUUACCAGACCUUUUGGUGACGCUGUUGUUGAUGGGUUUGAUUUUGAUCCUGAAAACCAUGACCAAACCGGGUACGUUGCUUUAGCCAAUGGUUUAAGAUCAAAAUUUGCUCAAGAUUCUUCCAAAUCUUACUACUUAUCUGCAUCCCCUCAAUGUGUUUAUCCAGAUGCCAACGUUGGUGACUUGUUAUCACAAGUUGAUUUAGAUUUCGCCUUCAUUCAAUUCUAUAAUAACUAUUGCGGUGUUAGUGGUAACUCUUUCAACCUCGAUACUUGGGUUGAUUUUGCCGCCUCUGCGCCAAAUAAAAAUAUUAAAUUAUUCACUGGUUUGGCCGGUUCUGAAACCAGUGGAAUGGGUUUCACCGAUGCUUCCAACGUUGCUAAACAAAUUAAAGAUUUCCAAUGUGAAUCCAACUUUGGUGGUGCCGCCAUUUGGGAUGCUUCUGCUGCUUUUGCCAACAACAAUUACCAAGACCAAAUCAAGGAAAUCUUAGAUGAUGCUUCUUGUACUACUUCCACUUCUUCUUCU